AUGUUUGAAUCGUCAGAUAUUAAGCCGACAUACAAACUAUUUCUUCGAUAUUGCGCACCAAUGGUAUCGAAAGAUGACUGUUUGUACAAUGCAAAAUUAGCGGAGCAAGCUGGACGAUUUGACGAUAUGGUUAUAUUUAUGGACUCUAUCUUACGGAUGAAUGUUGAGCUAAAAGCUGAGGAGAGAAAUUUACUUUCAACAGCAUAUAAAAAUGCUCUUCUUCCAAGGCGCCGAGCCUGGGACGAAAUAACUGUUGCUGUGCAAAAUGCCGAGAAAAGUGGCUCUUCUGAAUAUCAAUAUUUCUUAAAAUAUCGCGAAACCAUUGAAGCCGAAAUACGCCUAAUGGUGCGUAAAUUACUAGCGUACAUUGAUUCCUGUUUAUUAAAGGUUGAACAGGAACCUGAUGUAAAAGCUUUUUAUUAUAAACUCAAUGGCGAUUGCUAUAGAUAUCUUGCUGAAUUCGAAACUGGUAAUGACAGAAGCGAUUGUGCUGAGCAUAGCUUAAAUGCUUACAAGAACGCUUUUGAGAUAGCGUCGGGAAACUUAGCCCCUACGAACCCUUUGAGGCUUGGGAUUGCACUAAAUUUCGCUGCUUUUUACUUUGAUAUUGUUCACGCCGUUGAUAAGGCUUAUAAACUCUUGCAAGCUGCAUAUGACGAUGCCAUUGCAGAAAUUGACAAUCUAUCAGAAGAACCAUAUAAAGAAUCAGCAAUCGUUAUGAAACUUUUGAAAGAAAAUAUGCGACUAUGGCUGCCUUAUAUGCAAUCCGAAGAAUGUGGGUGCCGUGGCAGACCAAGAUCUUAA